AUCCCUGGCACGGGGCCCGCAAUCCUCCAAGUCUUGCCCAUCUUUGUGUAUUCUUACACCGCCCAUCAAAAUUUUGGACUCUUGUGCAACGAACUCGCCAACCCGACGCCGCGCCGGACCCGACAGACCAUCAUGGCUGCCACGGGCCUCAGCCUCGGGGUUUACUUGACACUUGCCUUUGCUGCCUACCUCACGUACGGCGCCGCGCUUCAACGGGACCUCCUCCUCUCCUUCCCGGCCUCCCUCCUCUCCACCUCCCUCCGUGCCGCCCUGUCCGUCCUCGUCACUUUUACCUACCCUCUCCAGGCACACCCAGCCCGCACCUGCCUUCUGGCCCUCUGGGCGCUCUGGGCGGGGGAGGAGACCCACCGGUCUGGACGGCGUGAGAGCUGCCCAGCGC